UUCACCCUUUUGUGUUUAUAUAUAUUUUUUUAUACUUAUGAGGUAAAACUGUCAACCAUAUCCAAAGAGCAGGACCAAAGAGAAAUAAUGUAUGCUUUCGUUAGGUUCUUGGAAGACGAUAUGUGCUACGCCUUGCCCGUUUCAAAUGUGAAAGAUUUCAGACCUCUGCACAAAACAGAUUUUGAUAAUCAGAAGGUGUAUUUGGUUCACAGAACUGAAGAGAAUGGCUGUGCAGGCCAGCCGUGCAAAGCACAGAUCCUUGCCCUUGCAGUAACCGUAGAGGAAUUUGAAAACAGUAUAAUGCAAAAGAAAAUGAAAAUUCCCAAGAUGUCAACGAGGAACUCUGUAGAAAACCACUUUGGAGAGGAGCGACAGCCUCUGAGGCAUAAAAAGGCCCAGUCUCAGGACCAGGGUCGGCCCACCUCCACCUCCUCCAGGAGCCUGGCAGCAGUGGCUAAGGACCAGGGUCGGCCCACCUCCACCUCCUCCAGGAGCCUGGCAGCAGUGGUGGCUCGUCUGGAGAGGAACGCAGCCAGCUCCUGCUUGGAGGGAGACGAAGACCUGGAGGAGGACAGGCUGGCGGAGGAGGAGGAGGAAGAGGGAGAGGAGGAGGACGAGGAGGAGAUGGAGGAGAGGACCUGUGGGGCCGGGGAACUGGGCGGCGGGGGGGAGGUGGCCGUGGUGCCCCGGGUCCUGUACGAGGAGCUGGUCCACAGCUACAGGCAGCAGGAGGAGGAGAUGAGGAGGCUCCAGCAGGAGCUGGAGAGGACGCGCCGGCAGCUGGUUCAGCAGGCCAAGAAGCUGAAGGAGUACGGGAGUCUGCUGACGGAAGUCAAGGAGCUGAGAGACUUCAACAGGAGGUUACAGGACGUGCUCCUCAUGAGGCUGGGCAGCGAGCCCAUGCAUGACAAUGGAACCCAGACCAUCAAGGCGGAGGUGGUGGAGCCCCUGGCGGAGGCCCAGGAGGUGUGCAGAGAGGAGGCCAACACCAGCUCCACUCACUCCCCCUCCCCCAGGACUGUGUACACCUUCAACGACGGCAAGGUGCACCUGGGCGGAGGGACCUGGGUGGAGGAAGACAAGUGGCACCAGCUCCAGAGAACCCAGGGAGACUCCAAGUUCACCAAGAACCUGGCGGUGAUGAUCUGGGGCACGGAGACCCUGAAGAAUCGCAGCGUCACCGGGGUAGCCACCAAGAAGAAGAAGGAUGCCCUGCCCAAACCGCCGCUGUCUCCCAGCAAGCUCAAAAUAGUCCGAGAGUGUCUCUACGACCGUGUCUCUCAGGAGACGGCCGACAGCGCAGAGAUCACCCAGCGCUUGUCCAAGGUGAACAAGUACAUCUGCGAAAAGAUCAUGGACAUCAACAAAUCCAUCAAGAACGAGGAAAGGCGCGAGUCCAAACUACUGAUCCGUCAGACGGUGAAGAUGGAGAACUACAGCUACGACACCAUGUAGUCCUGACCCCUGACCCCUCCCCCAUCCCUGUGACUCCGCCUCAUCCACAGCGCCCGAGGAAUGGGGGAGGAGGAGGAGAGAGAGCGGCGGUGGUGUGACCUGCUGCGCCAUUGCAAGAGCAGCCCAACCAAUGUCAAUGGGCCUUCCCCUUCCUCUACAUGCUAUUGGCCCUUCUGGCUGACAAGACAGCUUUACCUACCAAUCCGUGCGGUCAGGGGUGGAGUGUAUUAGUGUGGUCGUAUAGUAUUUUUGUAAGCUGAUUGGGAGGGGUGUGUGUGGGGGGGGGGGGGGGGGUGUGGAGGUUAGUGAUGUGAGUGCUGAUGGAGAGAGAUCUUCUUCAGUGGUAGGGUUGAGAGGCUCUGGCCCUUGUUCUGUGUCAGAACAUGAUAUUAUGUUCUCAAGACCUCAAGGCUCGUUAGAACCGAGAACUGACUUUCUUCUGAUCACACAUCUUCUGCUGUUAGGAAGAUGGUGGUGGUGUUGAUGGUGCUAGUGUGUUUGUGUGUGAUGAUGGAGGAAUGAGGUGAAGGGUUUGACUGUCUUUGUGGUACUUCACAUGAGCUCAAAGAGGCACUUUGUUAAAACAAGCUUUAUGAAAUCCAUGUCUUAAUUCGUACGCGCAUGGUCAGGUUAGUGCAAUUCAUCUGGAGAUAAAUUGGUGUGAUCCAGUGAGUAGGACCUGUCGGUUGGUUGAAGAUGGUUGGUGCCAGAGAGAAAGAGAGGUCAUGGUUGGAAUCCUGUGAAACAGGACAGCUCUUGAUCUUUCAACCUCUGGGAUCUCCUAACCCUAGUGUCGAGGUCAGGUUUGUGCUCUGCCUUCAGAUCUGAUGCAGCGAUGUUCUAGAAUCAAGCUGUGCUGCAGACGACCUCACCGGGCUGGUAUACGCGUCUUCACGGCCAGAAAGGCCUUAAGGAUGAUUGGGCAAUCAGAAAGGACCUACAGGGUUCUCUUCCUGUCUGUUAAGCUAUGAAGCUUGUCAGGAGUCACCAGCACUUUGGAGAUGUUUGCUGUUUGUUCAGCCGAGGAAGCAUGGUACUGUUUGUUUCCUAGCCCACGUCUUGUGAGGUAAAGCUGUCUUUCUUCUCACAGUUGACUGUAGUCGACUGGAUCAGCCAUCCCAUAAUAGUCCUCCCCUUCUCUAUGUGUUACACCACGGGGUGGGGGGUAAGACAUGAGGUUGCUGUAGCGACCACGACUUAACGACAUGCCAUUGGAACUUCUGAAAAUGUUCUUGUUCUGUGUUUGUUUUGUUUGUUUGUUUGUUGUUGUUUUGGUUCCUCCCGGUGUGUCUGCAGACCUGCAGCCUGGAACUAAAAGCCACAGAUGAAAUGUGGCCUGAGCCGCAGCUGUGGCGUCACUGUGAAUCUGCUGCAGCCUGUCUGUCUGUCACUCUCUUUGACUGGCAGGGGCCCGCCUUCACCCCCACCCAACCAUAAUACGUGUGUGUGUGUGUGGCUGUGUGUGUGUGUGGUAUGUGUGUGUGUCUUUCUUCAUGAUUUCUUUAUAUUUCUGACAGUCAACCUUUCCUCAAGCUACUGGUUUUCAGAGACAUUUUAGUUACAGAUGAUGUUUUUGUCUUCUCACAAACGUUGUGUGUUUCCGUAUCUGGGUUACUGUUCCACGUGACAUCAUUCAGCCUCCUGCUCAGCUCCACAGCUGAUUGGACAAGAGACUCCGUAAUUCCUUUAUUACCUGGACAAUUUAAUUUUUUUUAUACAUGUGUGUGUUUGUUUUCAUAAGAACUUCUUGGCUUUAAGCUUUGUAUGGUAUAACCUAUAGUAGAUUGUUGUUAUCAACACUCUAAUGAGUGUUAAAAAAGAAUACUGUUCUUCGCGUAGGUGGACUGGUUAGCAACAGCCUCGGCCAAUCAGCAGGGGCUAGCACCAAGAAAAAGAAAACACAUCGGAAAUUAAUACAAGCUAGCUAACUCGCAAAAAAAAAAAUCACAUUUGAUAUCUAUAGAAACUAGCUGUCCACGACCACAGUAGAUUUUAUUAGAGCGGAGCUAGCUACGAGAUGAUGUAGCGGUAGCGGUAGCGGCUAGCUCGUCACAACAGACAGUCAGUAGAGCCCCCCGAACACAUCCUAGCUCAUACCAUGAUGAUUGGAACGAUGAUGAUGUAUCUGUGGAAUCUUAAAGGUAUCUUUGCUGUGUUAUCAGUGAAAGUGUUGUCUGGCCCUAGUGAAUCAUUCGCCUAGAAUGCUAGAAUGACGCCGGCUUGAUACAAAUCAUUAAUAUUGAAUGCACUUUAAAAGUGUGGACAAGUAGCCAAGUCCUGAGGAGAAAUGGGUUUGUCCGCUUGUACAAGUUAUUUUGUAUUAUUAUUGGCUGUCUAGAAUCAAAGAGCCCCAAACAAUCAGUGUAUGAUUAAGCACCUUAACAAGACUUUGAUAUGAUGUGGGAAAAAAAGCUGUUUGGUAAAGUUAGUGAGGCUAGCGAGAGUGGUGUGUGUGUGUGUGUGUGAGAGAGAGAGAGAGAGAGAGAGAGAGAGAGAGAGAGAGAGAGAGAGAGAGAGAGAGAGAGAGAGAGAGAGACUCUGACUACUGGCUGGCUAGGCCUGUCUUAGACCAUGUCCUAGCCUAGUCGACAUUAGUUAGGAUUGUUCUAAGCUAGAGCAUAGGUAUAAUGUCACUGAUUUGAGGACCUUGUGGAAAGUGGCAAGUAUGCUUAGACUGGGUAGCGUGCUGUAACUGAAUGCGUCCAGGUAAUAGCUCUCGAGAUGUUUGUGCUCACAGUCAUGAUGAUGAUGAGCCCAAGGGUUCAGUGGACACUGGAACCCAACAGGAAUGCAAAGAUGAUCAGAUGACUUUAAACUUGCACAAAGAUUCCCCUUGCUAAGGUUUUAGAUCCAAGCUAUGUACAGUUUUACACCACAUACACAGGUGGACAACAAAUACAAAUCAUGUGCUUUUCAUCGUUUUUUGAGUAAGUGAGUAAUCGGCCUAGAUGUAAUCUUUUAUGUGUUUUUUAUUAUUUUUACGUCAGGUUUACAGACAGAUGAUGAUGAGGAUGGUUAAAACGAAGAUGAUACUUGCCGAUCAACCUUUUAGGUGACAUGGGGGGACAAAAAAAAACUUCUGCUGUGUAAACCAAUCACAAUGAGUUAAACCUGCCGUGUGAACCAAUCACGAUGAGUUCCUGUGACACAAGUUCCUGUUGUUGCUAUUGAUGAUGUUGUUUCCUGUUUGUUUGUUUUCUGAUGCCAAAAAAAGGAGGUUAAUCUAGAACUUAAGACUGUGACAUUCUUAGACACAGAAUAAGGCUAGUCUCAAAGAAAUGGAGAUGUAAUCGUUCUGUAACCUCGGACUACUAGGCAUCGUCUGCUUGGUGGACUAUCAUCCACCUGUUAAGUUGUCCAUCUCUUCAAGAGAUUCCGAGGACCAGUUCAGGUUUAAAACACGCCAGUACCACACAACCCAACUGCCCAGUGCUAAUACAAGCACUCCCGACCACAGGCAGUGACAUCACUUCCUCAUUCUGCUGUGCACCGGAAGUGACACGGCAGGCCCAUCCAGGAAGUCUGUCUGUUUGAACCUCAGACAGAGCCAGCCCGCUCCACAAAAGACGGGAAUCACAAGACAAAAUGAUUAUUUUCUCUCUCUGAACUGUGACUUUUCCGCAAUACAACCCAUAGCAAGUUCUUCAUUUAGCUUCACUGCCCUACCUCAUCCCUACUCUGGUGUCCGUGUGUGUGUGUGUAUCGUACGGUUGUCUGUUUUCAAAAGCUAUCGGAAAGCGAACCCUUUUCCACCUGUACAGUAUGUAAAUGCCUCAGUAUAAGGUCAACAUUAUGAUUUGAAAAUCACCUUUUUAAACUGCUUACUGAAGAUGCUGCUGUAGAGGGGUGCAGAGGUGCUCUCCUCACGUGUAUACUGGGCAUGCUGCGCAAGCUGUGGGGUGGUGGGUGUGGCCUGCUGUGGGGGGUGUGGUCUGUUGUGGGGGGUGGGUGUGGCCUGUGAACGUAUGUGUGCGUGUGUCGCUUUCUGAGAUUUCUACUGGUUGUCGGUGCUACCAGCAAAACAGGUUGACUAAUCUGUCUGACCUCAAAAGGUGCUACGUUUUUCUAUGUUUUUAACCUCAUUCAGCGAUACCUUCAGGUGGAUAGCCCGUCACCCAGGCCCCCCCCUCCAUCCCAUCCCACCCCUCUCUCCCCCAGCCCCCCCACCCUCUCCAAAUCAUCAACAAAUCACUUUUCUGACAUUGUAAGCCAAAUGUUUGCUAAUGAUUAUGGCUGAAACUGCAAACUAGCUGCCGUCCAGUCCAAGCCAGAUCCACAUUCUCAUGUAACACAAAGUACCUCAACUCACUGCUGGUCUCAGAAUAUGUACUGAAAACACGUGGACGGACAUCUUUACAUUAUUAUAUGACUAGAUGACUCUCGGAGGACUGUACAAACCAUGUGGUUCAGUAAUAUACAGUAAAUACGUUUACCCGGAAAUUUCUUUCAGCUGUGGUAGACCUGGGAUUAUCGGAUUCCUUUUAUAAAAGUUUUGGUUUAGGCCUCCUGAACCAAACCCCUCACACGUCCACAGCACCUUUUACUGGAUAAUAAGAGAUUAGAACACGGUGUCGCUAAUUUGUGUAUCAGUGAUAACCCUGAUAAUGGGUAAGGUUGGAGAAUGUACCAAAGUGGACUCACUUUCUGUAUUGUUUGUAUCAGGAGAAAAGAGUCUUCGGGUGGUUGAUAACCGUUGCCAUGGCUUCAUAUUGAGUGAAAUCUCAUCGUCUGACUUGUGAUCAGAUGAUGCCUCUGCUCUUUCCCCAUUCAUUUCAUUUCUAUGUUCCCCUUCCAUCCUCUUUGCUGCUGAGUAAUAUCAUAAUAUACAUAGAUAUAUAUAAAUGAAUAUAUACUUAUCAAUAUUUUUUAAGAAGAUGUCAACUGAGAGUGUGCUCACAAAUUACUGUGAACCAGAGUCAAGGAUGCAGUCAAUACAGUGUAUGUAUAAAUGCUGUUCACUUCAGACCUGGGUCAUCAAUACUCCCUUAGUUUCCACCCAUGUCACUGUUCAGGGUGAGACAAAUCAAAUACACCUCAAGUAUUUUACACAAUCUGAGGGAGCAGAUUAGACCCUGGACUGAUUCGACAUACUGUACAGCUGUUUUCCAGUGCUCUGCUGUGACCGUGUGUGUGUGUGUAGUUGUUCCUCUACUCUCAGGCUUUCUCUGCUCAUGAGAUAUCCUGUUUCCACACUUAGAGGAUCCUGGAUCAGGAUGGUGUGUUCCCUCUCCUCGGUGUGCUAAUACCCAGACACGGCACAACAGAAUCUGGGACCAGGACGCAGGGAUGUGGAGGGAGAGAGAGACAAAAGACCCACCUCAAAUGUGAAUGUGUCCGUAGAGACCCAACCCCCCUCUCUCUCUCUCCCCCGAGAGGAAUUUAGGAAAGCCACCCCUCGCAGAACGGCCCUCACCUUUGCUACGCGAGCGAUCCUAACGCUUAUAGCAUCCUGUUCUUGUGUGUGGUUUCACUGCAGUUCGUCAUUCAGUAAAUCCAGGUUAACCUGUUCAAUGUACAGAUCAACAAAAAUAAAUCCAGACUUUUAUUCUACCA